AUGGAUGCAGUCAAGGCCUACAAGGAGUCGCAAUUAAAGGUAGAAACACUUGAAGAGAUAAAUAUACCAAGUGGAUCAAAAUUAUCUGAUUCCGCAUCAGCUCGGAGCUCCAGUCCAGUUGAUAAUCUGGUUAAACUGGUGGACAGAAGAGCGGACAGGGUGAGGCAACAGAUAAGCCUAAUAUACGAAACCAUGGAUAGUUCAAGUGAGAUUAAACUAGUCAAGCAGCUGGCAAUGAUGAAAAGUCAUUGGUCCAACGUGACGGACACACUGAAACUGCUUCAAAACAAGUAUGACAGAACUGCCUUUGAUCAAGAUGAAGAAGACAUUCUGCAAUCUGAUGUUGCCGCACUAGAGAUGGUACUUCAGAGGAAGUUGGAACAGUUCAAAAGUUCCAACUACGACGUGCCAGAACUCCCAAAAGUGGACCUUCCAACGUUCAAUGGAAAUGCGAAGGAAUGGCCAACAUUUUACGAGCUGUUCUCUGAACUAAUAGACAGCAGGAAGGAUCUCAGCAACACAAGGAAGCUGGGAUAUUUAAGAGCCUGCUUAAAAGGAGAAGCUCAAAUGGUGGUUAGCCAUUUGAUAACGGGAUCAGCGGCUAGUUAUGCAGCAGCGUGGGAGCUUAUCUGCAAACGCUAUGAGAAUAGCAGAAAAAUAUUCUCCCAACACUUCAACAAAUUAAUGGAACUGGAGUGCUUGCUGCCCCAUGAUGAGAAAAAUUAA